AUGAGCGGGAACGCGGCGUACCGGCCGCCGGGCCCGGUGGUGUAUCCGUCCUUGGACUGGCAACUCGAAGAGUUCCUCGCGUCGUUGCACGCCUCCGGUCACCUCGCCUCGCUCCGCACUCUCGCCCACGCCCGCGCGGAGAAGCGCCGGCUAGCCGUCGCCAAGGCGGAGCGCGAAGCUGCAGCUGCGGCGGCGCAUGGGGAGGAGGAGGAGGAAGAGGCUGGUUUCGAAUCGGAGCGGGACGAGUGGGAGCGAUGGACGCAUCGGCACGCGGAGGGCGAGGAGGAGGAGGAGGACGCGUCGACCAGUACUGACUCGGAGUGGCGCGACUGCGAGCCCGACUUCCGCGACGUCAUGGCUGGCGGCUGCACUCCGCCCACCGCCGCCGGCGGUGGCACCCUCGCGCAGUGGGCCAUGCGGCUGGGAGGCGUCGGCGGGGGAGCCCGGCAGCGCGUGGGGCAAGACUCGGACUUGGUGAUUGGGUGCGAGGAGCGGGAUGGGGGGAAAGACGAGCCGCGGCAGUAUAUUAAAGGCGCCGCGAAUGACGGCGAGGAGCAGGUAGUAACGCUGGCUGAUCUCCAUGGCUUCAUUCAAGAUCUGGAAAUCGACGACGACGAUCUCGCCAAAGCCGGCUGGCGUCAGACGCUCAGCCGCAAGACGGACCGCCUCUCGUGUCGCGCGUGGUCGCGGGAUCCCCCCGACGGCGGACCGACGGUGUACCGCUGCCACAUGGUGAUCCGCGAGUGCAGCGCGGAGGCGGCGCGGGACUUUUUCCUGGACGAGGAUUACCGCGCGGAGUGGGACGACACGCGCGCGCAGGGCAGCCAGAUGCUGGAGGAGUGGGACCCGCGCGGCGAGUGCGUCGCGCGCUGGGUGCGCAAGUUCCCCUUCUUCCUGCGCGACCGCGAGUACGUCGUCGCGCGUCGCGUGUGGUCGCUGCGGUCGCACACGUACCACUGCAUCUCGAAGCUCACCACGCACCCCUCCGCGCCCCCGCGCGCCAACCUCCUCCGCGUGUCCGCCUUAACGUCCAAGUGGCGCGUCGCCGCCGUCACCAACGCGCAACAAAUAUCCGCCAUCUGGCCCCCUGCGCAGGGGACUGCGCAAGCAUCCAAGGUAAAGCCCGCGCGCCGCCAGGCGCAUCCCGGAAACACCGGGGGGGGGAGCGGCGUGUUUUGGAGGCAGGCGAGCGGGGAAGAGUGUGGGGAAAGCAAAUGCGCGGAGUCGCGGCUGCCGGAAGGGGUGGCAGGCCGGGGGGAAGCGGAGGAGGGGCAGGAGAGGGGUUGUUGCGGGGAAUCGGCGGGUUGCGCGGAGCAGGCGUGCGACAUUGUGACGAUCCACGCGGAGGACUCGGGGGUGUCGCGCAACAUCGCCAAGAUGGGCGUGGCGCGCGGCAUGUGGUCGCACGUGGUGAAGAUGGAGGCGGCGCUGCACGCGUACGUGCGCGCGGGGCGCAACGCCAAGCACUCGCUGCCCAUGUUCCUGCUGCACGCCGAUGCCAUGCACGCUGCUGCCUCCGGCAUCAGACCGCUAGCGAGCCAUGGCGUCCGUUACCGCAAUGUCAUUUCCACACUGCCGCCGUCCCGCGCCGCUCCCGAACUGCCCCCAUGCCGUGCCACAACCGUUCCCCUCUCGCCCCUCGUUUUGCUCCCCUCGCCUGCUCGCGGCCUCGGCGAGGCCGCGCGCCGCAUUCAGCCCACCGCCGAAGGCGCAGCGGAGCGCGGAAUGGGCGCGGCCCGCGCGCCACACGACCGCCGCGCCAUCUCUGCGCGGCGGUGGCGGGGUUCGAGCGCAUAG